UGCGACUGCCGCUGCUGCUGCAGCUGCAAUCCAUCUCCCGGAACAGCCAGCACCGAGUUCUCCAGGCUGUCCGCAGAAUGCGGCAGGAGUCCCAGAGGUCACCGCAGCGAGACUGAGCGUGGACACCGACAAAUAACAAGCCAAGGUCGCUGGGGAUUUGUAAAAGCAACCUUUCCAGGUUUCUUUUCCGCUUUGCUCGCCUCACCCUGCUGUUGGAUUUGAGAUCAUGUCAGUUAAUAUUGUAGCUUUUGGGAAUGAAAGAGAUGGUUUUUCUGAGGACAGCCAGCAGCCCAGCCUGAUCUGGAGCUAUCUCGGGAGAAGUGCUCUCAUUUCCCAGAUCGACAGCAGCUUGUCUGCCAGUCACGUUGGAAACCCAGUUUUUACUGAAUAUCAAGCCUGCGUGUUUGGAAACGUCAGACUGGUGGUACACGACUGUCCUAUCUGGGAUAUAUUUGCCAGUGACUGGUACACCUCUUGCAGACUCAUUGGAGGAGCUGAUAUUAUUGUGAUUAAAUAUUCUGUCAAUGACAAGACUUCAUUUCAAGAACUAAAGGACAGUUAUGUCCCGAUGGUAAAAAAAGCAUUAAACCACUGCUCAGUUCCAGUAAUAAUUUCUGCUAUUGGUGCAAGAAAAAACGGAGUGCCUUGCACCUGUCCCCUGUGCACUUCAGACAGGAGGAGCUGUGUCACAACGUCUGAGGGAGUUCAGCUUGCAAAGGAACUAGGAGCCACUUACCUGGAACUGCACACUCUUAAUGACUUCUACAUACAGAAGUACUUUGGAGGAGUGCUGGAAUAUUUUAUGAUUCAAAGUUUGAAUCAGAAGUCAUCUGAAAAAAUGAAGAAAAGGAAAAAGAUUCAGAAGUGCCAUCGAGUCCAACCACCUCAGCUUGAACAGCCAGAAAAAAUGCCAAUCCUGAAGGGUGAAGCCUCUCACUACAACACAGACCUGCACAACCUGCUCUGUGGCUGCCAGUGCGCUGACGUGGCCUUCUACUCCGAGGACCUCAGCACAGUGGCGGAGGCCCACAAGGUCAUCCUCUGCUCUGUCAGCCCUCUCUUCAUGCUGCUCUUCGGGGUGAAGAGCCCUGCUGACAUCCCUGACACCUCAAUCGUGCAGAUGGCACAGAGUCUCUUUGCUGUGGAGACGGGAGCUGCCUCCCCCCUGGCCCCCUAUGGAGCCCCACCCUGCAUCCUGCCCAUCAGAGUGGUGGUGAAGGACUCUGUCUUCUGCUCCUGUCUACCUGACAUCCUCCUCUUCAUUUAUUCAGGUGCUUUCCAGUGGGAACGAUUAGAAGAGGAUAUAAAAAAGAAGUUGAAGGAUCCAGAAAAAACUGAAGAAGUGCUUGAGAAAGUUAAAUGCAUCCUGAAAACUCCAGGGAAGCAAAACUCUGUAAAGGUCUGCAGGUCUCACCAGAUAAAACAAUUGUAUAAUACUUCCCUCAAGCUGUUCUUUAACACACCUGUCCUAGCUGAUGUUAUCUUCAAAAUACAAGGCUGCUGCUGGCUGUGGAUGUGCCUUUCAUGUCCCUCCAGAAGCCGACAGGGACUUGCUUCCUCAGGUUUUACCAGCAUGGGCAACCCAGCAAUGCACAUAUACGUGCUGGAAUUUGAUGACCUGCAGAUCUGGUGCCAUCAACACCCACCACAUUUUACUGCCCAACAUGCUGCAGUGUCAUUUCUGGAAAUUAAAUGUGUUUAUCCUUAAAAUGAAAGAUACAGCGGGAGAAAUGUGUUGCAUACUUUUGUGAUAAUAAGAAUGAGAUGGGUUUUAAAUGCUUAAUGGUUUUCUCAGUUUGUCUAUACCCGCCCUUCAUGCAGAAAUGGUCUUUUAGAAUUAGAGUUAUUUAAUUACUUUCAGCUUUAUAUCUAAAUACUUCAUUCAUGAAGCAUUAAUUCCUCAAGCGUAAGCACACAAGGACAAGCAGAGUCUUUCUAGGUGUUCUGUUUAAUAUGCAGGAAAAAAAACCAUAAAAAUAUCUUUGAAAAUGAGGACAGUGCUGAUGUUGAGUGCAAUGACAUGAACAAUUCACCUCAGUGUCCCACUCCUGAAAGAGGCUUUGUGGAAGUUGAUGAAAUCAGGACAACCCUAUAUAUUUUACAGAAAAAAAUCCAAAUGAAUGUGUUGGCAAGUAAUUUAAAAAAGCAUGUGUAUCCACUAGUAAAAUGUGAAAUGUUUUUCCUAGGACUUGAUACAUCUUCCAAACCUUUUUCUCUAAUUCAUCAACUACAAUAACUAUUAAAAUUAAAUAACUACUAAGAAACGGAAGGCUUUAGUCUUGAUCAGACAAAUAAAUUUGUUAGUUACCAGCUAAUUCCUUGGAUACUGAUCAUUGCUUUGAGCUUUUUUUCUAGCUUACAAAAGUACUUGGGAGCCAUGGAAGAUGGGAGCCCAUUAUGUUUGUGUUAAGACACAUAACGUGACUGAACCUCCUAAUUAGUAGAUAGAUGUCCAUUUACAUGCACAUAUAGAACUGCAUGUAUUCUACAUCACAGCAGCGACAUAUAUAUUACUUGUGUUAUGACCACAAACAAGUGUUCUCUCCAUAUGGAAAUAUAUAUAUUUUGUAUGCAGCUUAGACUUUUUGGAAGUAGAAGCACAGGGGAAAAGAAAUAGAACAAAAAAUUUAAAAGCUGCCAGAUGACUUCAAAGAAUUAGAUUGGUGCCAAUGUUGUGGUUAAAGAGAAAACGAAGACAAAACUUCUUUGUAAGUAUUUCCAGUAUAUUCAUCUUGCAUGUCAGUUAAUCUGUUUAUUAUAAUUUGUGUUAAAACAUUUCCACUGAACUGUAAAAGCUCAUUUUCAUUUUAGUUGCUGUCCUGGCACUUGCUUGGCACUUCCUUGAACACAGACAGGACUGCUCAGUUCAGCUGGACUCUGCAGCAUUCUGAGUGUCAGGGCUGGCAGCACUUUCAUUAAGAGCCUAUAUGGCCUCUACCACACAGGGCUCUUGGCCUCACUAGGUUUUCUAAAUGUUGUAGUAAAGCAAAGAAUUCACUUGCAAAUAAUACAAAAUUAAUACAUUUCUGGAAAAAUUCAUCAGCCUU